UUUUUUUGAAAAGAAAAAAGAAAAGGGAUCAAGGAACAAAGGAGAUGCUUAGGAGAAAAGUAUUAGUGGUCAAUGAAAUUAUUUAAAAAAAAAAAAAAACAUUCUUGAUUUUAUUUGUUGAAAAAAGAAGAGAAUAUGCAUUGAACUAGUUACACAAGACUAUGUAUGUGUAUAUAUAUAUAUAUAAGAAGCUAGUGUUGUAUGUAUAUCUAUAGGAUGUCUUGUAUAACAAAUUUAUAUAUCAAGAUGAAGAGCUUUGCUAAGUGGUACCCUGUUAUUGCUAUGAUAGGUAUUGAUAUGGCAUUUGCCAUUAGCAAUAUACUUCUCAAGAAGAUCGUCAACGAUGGGGUCGACCGUUUGGUCUUCAUUACUUAUCGCCAGUCGAUUUCCGCACUCUUUUUAUCCCCGUUAGCGUUCUUUUUAGAAAGGGGAAAUAGGCCGAAGCUGACAUUGAGCAUAUUGUGUCACCUCUUCGUGAGUGCGAUUCUCGGGGCAUCCGUAACACAAUAUCUCUUCCUUCUCGGCAUAGAGUACACUUCCGCAACUUUCUCAUGCGCCUUCCUCAACAUGGUCCCCGUCUUCACAUUUCUAAUGGCUCUACCAUUUCGUUUAGAGACGGUAAACGUGAAAUACGGUAGCGGGAGAGCCAAAGUGGUAGGUGCACUAGUGUGCCUUGGAGGUGCAAUCUUGCUAACCUUUUACAAAGGGGUGCCUAUGUUUCACUUUCCGGGCCCAGAGAGCAGCGUUGCUCGAUCCGCGGGCCCACGCGUUGAGCAUGUUGAAGGAGAUCAAAGAUGGGUUAUUGGUUCGGUGGCUCUAUUUGCGGGAACGUUGUGCUGGUCUUCGUGGUUUCUGAUUCAAUCGAAUAUCGGGAAAAAAUAUCCGUGCCAAUACUCUAGCACCGCUAUCAUGGCCAUCUUUAGUGCUAUACAGUCCGCCAUUUUGAGCUCCUCCAUUGAUCGGGAGCUUUCGAUCUGGAUUUUGAAGAGGAAAUCCGACAUUUUUGUCGUUCUCUAUGCAGGGAUUGUGGGAUCGGGAUUGUGCUUUGUGGGAAUGUCGUGGUGUGUGAAGAAACGAGGACCGGUCUUCACUGCAGCAUUCAGCCCUCUUGUCCAGAUACUUGCUGCAAUGUUCGAUGUUCCGGUUUUACACGAGCAACUUCAUCUCGGAAGUUUAUUAGGAUCAGUUAUUGUUAUCUUUGGAUUGUACAUUCUGCUAUGGGGGAAAGAUAUAGAAAUGCAACAAAAGCAAGACAAAGAACAACUCCAGGAAAUUCCUCAAGAGAAGAAGGACCAAUUAGAAGAAGAGUUUCAACUCGUAAAAAUAUCGGUUGAACCGGAACCGGCUUUAGCCAAUACUUGUUCUACGAGAUCCGUAUAAAUUACGGCCAAUUUUAAAAUAUCGGUUGAACCGGAACCGGCUUUAACCAACGUUUCGUUUGGGUCGUACGAUUAGUUAUGAUUGAUUAAAUAAUUAGACCUUAUUUAAUAUUCAGAUAGUUCAAUAAUUUUUCAGGUCGAUUGGCCCGCAAUUUUUUGGAAACAAAAAUGAUGUCUAGUUAUCUUGUGGAUUGGAUCUCAGAUAAUCCAAUCACACAAUCGAAUGCUAAUAAGAUUUGAUUAAUCUUAUAUUGAUAAUCAAACGAGGCUAAAAAGGAAUCUUAUCUUC